GGGUCCGGGGGCGUCUCACCGGGUCCCCCCGUCUGGCCCGCCGACAACGCCUUCCCCGGGCCAGAGCAAUGGCCUCCGAGAACAGCAAGCAGUUCUGGAAGAGGAGCGCCAAGCUGCCGGGGAGCAUCCAACCUGUAUAUGGAGCACAGCACCCUCCCCUGGACCCUCGGCUCACUAAACACUUCCUUAGAGAGCGGUCCCGAGGCGGCGCGGUUCCUCUGAAGAAUAAGAAGGCCUCCAGCUUUCAUGAGUUUGCCCGCAAUACCAGCGAUGCUUGGGACAUCGGCGAUGAUGAGGAAGAGGACUUGUCCUCGCCCGCUUUCCAGACUUUGAACUCCAAGGUUGCUCUGGCAACUGCAGCCCAGGUCCUGGAAAACCACAGCAAGCUGAGGGUGAAACCCGAGCGGUCCCAGUCCACCACGGCUGAUGUCCCUGCCAACUACAAGGUCAUAAAGUCCAGCAGCGAUGCCCAGCUCUCCAGAAAUUCCAGUGGCACGUGCCUGAGGAACCCGCUGCACAAACAGCAGUCCCUCCCUCUCCGGCCCAUCAUCCCACUCGUGGCCCGGAUCUCGGACCAGAAUGCCUCUGGGGCUCCCCCGAUGACUGUGCGGGAGAAAACCCGCCUCGAAAAAUUCCGACAGCUUCUCUCCAGCCACAACACCGACCUAGACGAACUGAGGAAGUGCAGCUGGCCAGGCGUUCCCAGGGAGGUUCGACCUGUUACCUGGAGACUGCUGUCGGGCUAUCUUCCAGCAAACACCGAGAGGAGGGCGUUGACCCUGCAGCGGAAGCGGGAGGAAUAUUUUGGUUUCAUUGAGCAGUAUUAUGACUCUCGAAAUGAGGAACAUCAUCAGGAUACCUACAGACAGAUUCACAUCGACAUUCCAAGGACCAAUCCUCUGAUCCCACUGUUCCAGCAGCCACUUGUACAGGAGAUCUUUGAAAGAAUUCUAUUUAUUUGGGCCAUCCGGCACCCGGCCAGUGGGUAUGUCCAGGGAAUUAAUGACCUGGUCACUCCGUUUUUUGUCGUCUUCCUCUCAGAAUAUGUGGAAGAGGAUGUGGAGAACUUUGAUGUGACCAACUUGUCUCAGGACAUUCUGCGAAGCAUUGAAGCCGACAGCUUUUGGUGCAUGAGCAAGUUGCUAGAUGGAAUCCAGGAUAACUACACCUUUGCACAGCCGGGGAUCCAGAAGAAGGUCAGGGCCCUGGAAGAGCUUGUCAGUCGAAUAGAUGAGCAGGUGCACAGGCACUUCAGGAAGUACGAGGUGGAAUACCUGCAGUUUGCCUUUCGCUGGAUGAACAACCUGCUCAUGCGGGAGCUCCCCCUGCGCUGCACCAUCCGCCUGUGGGACACAUACCAGUCGGAACCAGAAGGAUUCUCCCACUUCCAUCUCUACGUGUGUGCAGCCUUCUUGAUCAAAUGGAGGAAAGAGAUCUUGGACGAGGAGGACUUCCAGGGCCUCCUCAUGCUGCUCCAGAACCUACCCACGAUACACUGGGGCAACGAGGAGAUCGGGCUGCUGCUCGCCGAGGCCUACAGACUCAAGUACAUGUUCGCCGACGCACCCAAUCACUACCGCCGAUAGGUGCUGGCCCCCUCUCGGACCCAGACUGCCCCCAUCUCUGAUGGCAGAUCCAAUCACUGUGGCCACUGGGCGAGCCGUGGACCCGGCCAGGAAGCACACUCCCGCUGUACAGAGCUGCCCCGCCGCCCAGGUCUCACCUUCUGGAUAUGUCUCUCGGACCGCUGUCAGUAUUCCAUGCCACGUGGAUGGCCCAGCUCUGGGAGAGGACGGAAAUGGAGGGACAGGGCCGUCUGCCCCUCUAAAAGCAACUGGACAAAAGAAGGGGGAGGCUCCGGAUCUCAACAGGCUCUCCCCCCUCCGCCCCAACCGGUACCAUUGUUCUCUGUGACAUCGUUUGUUUGCUCGCAGGUCAAAAAACGCCUUAUGGAAAAGACUCCUGGCCCCUGACCUCUGCCCCUGAUUUCCUAGCCAAUCCCUUUCUGCCCAGACUGAGCCAGUGAGGGGCAGCUCUUCAAAAGCAUGGCUCUCAGAUGGAGGAGGUACCAAUGCUUAUAACUCUGGGAAGAGGCCUACACCCAAGGGCUAGGGGUUAUUAUUUUAUUUUUUUGUUUCUCACCAGAUGUCUGUGUGUGUGUGUGUGCUUGCACUCACACGUGUGUCUGUAUGCACAUACAUGCCUGUCAGCAUCUCGAUAGGUGUCUGAGUUUCUGUGUCCAGACUAGCCCCACCAAAACCAUCCGGGAAGCACCCCACAACCAGGUGCCCCAGCACCCCCUGAGAAGGAUCAGGGCAGGGGAGGGAGGAGGGCCUUUUUACCUGGCCAAACCCUUCUCCAAUGAUGACCCACUCCAAGAUAUUAUGUGUCAAUUGUGUUAUUAUGUAGAUGAGUAAAGAUGUACAGGUAUAUGUCCUCUUUGUAGCAGAUAUGAUUUUAUAUUUAUAAUGUGCAUUAACAUGUGAAAGCAAUCUAGGUCACGAGCACAGAUGACGUCGCCAGCCUAGCAGCUGCAGCGACUCCAGGUUGCUUCGGGGCAUGGGGCGCCCUCCUGUGAGGGGGUCUGCUGGAGUCGUGCGGCCAAGCAGACGGAGCGACUCUUCAGACCAGUGGCAGCCGUCCAACCAUCUGUCUCUCCGAGUCCCCAUCUCGCGCCACUCCUCCCUGGGCCUUUCUGAGCAUCUGCCCUGCUCCCUUCCCUCUCGAGCGGAAAAGAGUGAGAGGACCAGACUGGCUCUGUACCCUCGGCCCCGGGAGCCUCCCUCCCAGCAUGAUUUUCCCCUCUGCCCUUUCCUGGAGUCUGGAGGCGGCUUUUGUUUGUAACGGUCACUUAGGGCAGAAGCUGUAACUGGGCAGCCUGUGCCAAGGAAAGCGGGUCUCCUGUGCCUCCCUUGGUUUGGGGGGUCUUCUCAGAGACAGGCCUUCUGUGUCCCCCACGGUCACCAUCACACUGCACACUGCAGCUCAUGAGACCGGUGACUUCCGUGUGAUUCUCGGGGGCUGGCAGUUGGAGGGUGUGGGGGACGGUGGCAAGCAGCUGUCCUCCUCUUGGAAAGCCGAGCAGAGUCCCCAGGGGGUGACCCGUGAGCCUCAUGGCCAGCGACGCCCCACCCUACCAGUGUGUGUGGCACCUCUCAUCUGGAGCUCUUUCUCAGGCAUUCUUCCUCCCUUCCCCCUCGGUGUGCCUCAGCCGUUUCCUUCACUGCGGGAGAGGGCUUGUCACCCUCUCGCGACUGGACUACUUAAAGAAAGACACUUGUGUCCCCAAGUGGUGGUUUUAUUUUUUUAGUUUUUACGUUUGUAUGGGAAAUUGUGGCUAAAGUGAAAGAAUUGUAAAUAAAUAGUGUAUUUCCUCCUCA